CAAUUUUGACAUAAACAAGCGACGUUCAUAAACAUACUCUUCAAAAAUGUAAAACCAAAAAUAUUUGUUAUUGUUAUCAGUUUCAUUUAUUACAUUACAAAAUCAGUGAAGUUUAUGUUGUGUAGUUGAGAUUUUCAUCUCUAAUGACCAUCCUAUUCCAAUAAUGUUAUACAAACCUUAAAUUUAUGUAGUAACUUAUUAUUUUCACACGGGUGUAACACAUUUUGAACGGUGUUUCUUCGCCAUCGCGCAAUCGGAACAUUAUAGCAAAUUUAGUUUUCCUUUAUCAAAUCAUAAUAUCUGGUAGAAUUUACUCAAGGACAUUCAAUUAGCAAAAUAAUAUAAUUCAAUGUAGUAGCGAUAAGGGCAAAGUAGCUCCACUGACAUGGAGGACGAAAUCGAGGAAUGUGUUCGAAAGAAAAUACAAUGGGCUAAGCUGCCAGCAAACGUUAAAAAGCUGCUAGGGGAUUCCAGCAAGGAGUAUGAGAGAUAUAUAUUUGAAUUCAGUAUUAAAAAUCAACUCCGGUACAGGGGAAGUCUUGUGCGGACAGUCCAGAAAGAUGAAAGGAAAUAUUACGAGACUCUUGUGCACAGCAGCAUUCAAAGGCUCAUGCUGUACCCCUACCAUCUGGCCGAUAUGAUUGUCAAAGGUCUGCGGAUAACCCCGUUCAUCUACUACGUGGAGGUGGUGGCUUUGCUGAUCGAGCUGGAGAAGAGCUAUGACACCAUGCCCAACUUUACGGCUGCCGAUUGUCUUCGCUUACUAGGCAUCGGCCGCAACGAAUACCUCGAGCUCGUGGCCAAGUCGCGCUCCCUCGGCCGCCGCGGGCGCUCCAAAGCCAUUAGGGCAUUACUACCGAGGGUUCCACUCAACAUCCCCAUGCAGCCGUGGUGGCGGAUCGAGCUGGGCUAUGUGUUAGAAGCCGAUGUUAAGCCGCUCAACGACCAGGAACGGGAGUUGAUCGACCUCCUGAUCGACCGCGGUUCUCAAACUGCCGGCACUCUCGACUACAACACCGUUAAGACCUUGUACAGGCGCGGGCUGAUUUACCUGGAUGUGCCGAUCACGGCUGAAGACCGGGUUUCCGUCCCCCCGUUAAAAGGGUUCGUCAUGAACCGCGUCGCUGGAGAUUACUUCGAGACGUUAUUAUACAAGGUGUUCGUCUCCAUUGACGAACAUACUACGGUGGCUGAGCUAGCAGCAGUGUUACAGGUUGAAUGCGGCCUAGUGAAGCAAGCGGUGUCCCUGUACUGCCGGCUGGGGUUCGCGCAGCACCUGCAACCGCCGCGGGUCCCCAACCCGCACGCCUCGUGGCGUACAGCGCACACACAACCUUUACACCCACAGUACAGCCAAAUAUCGCCGCUAACAUUUAACCCCAACAUGGAAGAGGAGGUAUUACAAAUGGAGCCCGUACUUAUGAAAGAACCGUCCACGUCCAAACAGAGCAGUCAAGACAUGAACGAUAACUCCACCAACAGUGGCGUCAAGAGGGUGGCGCUGCUCUUCGACUCCACUUUAGCCGCUUACCUCAUGAUGGGAAACCUUUCACCGGAUCUCAAAACGCAUGCUGUUACGUUAUUUGAAGUUGGAAAAAUAUGCGAUGAAAGUCUGGAUAGUUUACUUAUGGAAUUAGAUAAGGUGGCAGGGGAUCCUGAAAUCGAAGGCGAGGCGGCGCGCUACUUGGCGGCGGCGGCGUGCCUGCGGCGCACGCUGCGCAUCCUGCGGCCGCGCAUGCGCCCGCUCGACCUGCUGCGCUGCGAGGCGCUGCACGCGCUCGGCGCGCCGCAGCGCUCGCGCCUGCUGCAGCACAAGUACAGGCUAGCGGUAUCGACGGCGCCUUUAUGCCGCGAAGCCCGCGCCGGUCUGGCGGCAGGCGCGCUGCCCCACGUAGGCCCGGCCCCGCCCGAAGCCUCCACUCCUUGGAUGAGGCUGUACCUGUACCACGUUGCCGGUUACGGGCCGCCGACGCUCUUACUGAAGAAAGGCACGGUGGUCCGCAGCGUGCCGCGGCUGCUGCUGGGCUUCUCGCGGCUCGUGGUGGCGUGGUGGGGCGCGGAGGCGGCGCUGGACGGCGCGGGCGGCUGGGCGGGCGCGCUGCCGGCCGCCGCCGCGCUGCAGGCCGCCAACUCCGCGCUGCGCCGCGGACCCGUGCUGCUGCAGGCUGUUGGAGUCCGACAACCGGCGAAGCUAAGACAUGUCGUGUUCCCUCCUGAAGCCGAUAAAUCUCCUGAGACCAGUGCUUUAUGGGCGCGACAUGCCGGACUGAGACGGCUAGCAUCCCGGCUACGGCUGUCUCGCUCUGUCGGCUACGUGACCCUAGCUGACAUAGGAGUUCCCGAUUUGGGCGCACGGCCGCCCCCUACCGUGCAACUCGUUGCGCCGCGCAAAAUGAAAGAGGUGUGCGGCAUAGCGAAACCCGUAAGCGAGGUGUCGAUAUCGUCGACCGAGUCGGGCGACAAGUCUGACGACAAGCGGCUGCAGUCGCCGAUCGAGUCGCACUUCGCGGUCACCCCGUCCACAGACAGCAAGACUAGCUCGCCGGCGAAUGGUUUCACUACGGUGGAGGGUGGCCAGCUACUCCGCGAAGAGCUCGACAGCCUCGCGAUCGGCGACACCACACGAAGCAAGGAGUCCCUCCCGUCCAGCGACGACCUAGUCCCCAUACAUUCCUCCUCCACCAGCAUAGAAGACUUGAAGGACAGACCCAAAGAAUGGCGAAGCAAGGAGUCUAUCUCGGACACUCCUCGUUCUUCGAGUGCGGAUUUUAAUUUUGAGAAAGAGAAACAGUUGAACGAUCUGUUGAGUCCGGCGGAGGAGUCGAUAUCGAUGUUCACGCAGUUGAGCGACAAGUUGACGGAGAUGGCGGAGGGCGAUAGUGGAGUUGAUACGGCGCAUACUGACGAUGAAACUUGUAAACCAGAGAAAUGGACUAUACUUGAUCUCCAAUUUGGCAUUCCAUUGUUUGACGAGGUGCUGUGUGAGAAGAUAUGUAACUGUUUAGCUGACCGGAUAGCGGAACCAGAAUUGUUGGAUAAAAUUAAGGAAGAUAAUGAGUUCCUAUGCUCGGAUGUAUUAAAGUUUGUGUCAGAAUGUCAAUACUACCCGGGAGAAGACAUGGGCAUAGUGAAGCGAGGUACUCUGGUCCCCUUGCCGAGGAAAAACCUGGCGUUUGAAAAUGGCCGCAUCAGUGAGUGGAGCGGGAAAUGACGCCCUCUCGCUCACACUUGCCUAUUCUCCGUAACCACGCCGCUGUGCGAAAGAGACCGUCGUAUAUUGGUAUAUUAAGUUUAGAUUGCGUAUUCGAUGUCCGUCUGCAGUGCUGAUGUAUAUCGACUGUUUAUUGUAUUAAGAGCAACAUUAGUAGCUGACCAUUUGUAAACAUUGAGUGCAUAGAGACGGAUUGUCAAUAGUAGUUUGUGUUACAAGGGAUCAAAAUGAUAUAUUUCCGUCAAGGGCGUACAUUGAAUCCUGAAUGAAGCGAUGGAUUCUAAAGUAGAAUCCUGAGCGUAAUGAGGGAUUCAAGUGUUAAUGCCCAAGACGAAAUAAGUUUGAUACCGUGUGACACAUACUGCUUUUCACAUCAAUUAUGAGGAAAUUGUUAUGUUCUAAAAUAUGUAUUAUUUGACCAAAAAAAAAAAAUAGUAUGCAAGAAAGAAAAAAUCGUGUCCUAGAACAGAAAAGUACAACUUUGAUCCCUCCUAGCAGGCAAGAAAUGUGCCACUUUGAUCCCUCCUAGCGGGGAAGAACAAGCCCUUUUUCGAAUAGGUGAUGUGAAUAAAUUAUGUAGCCACUGUAAAUUUACUGCCAUCUUUCGACAGAACAUAAAACUGUUAGAACGCCAUUUGACUUUGAUCCUUAUUCUUUCACUGAUAUGUGUUAACUUAUUAAAUAUGAAUAUUAACGCCAUCUACUCGACUAUAGGCCAAAGGUAUGGUGCAAUCUUUUCGAGCGAUGGCGCCAUAACCUUCAGCCUACUCUCGAGUAGAUGGCGUUAAUAUUAAUAUUUAACAAGUUAACACAAUACAUAUCAGUGAAAGAAUAAUGAUCAAAGUUAAAUGGUGUUCUAACAGUUUUAAUCGUCUGUCGAAAGAAGGCAGAAAAUGUACUGUAGGUACAUAAUUUACCAUGACAGUAACUCUCUAUUUCAAAUUCUCUUGGGCGUUAUUCAUGAACGCGCUUACAAGGCUCAAUUCGAUUUUUUUAUAUCGGGUGGAACAGAACGACGGACUUUUACGUAAACUGGGAAUUGUUCAGACUACGUACUUUUUUUUCACUUAUUAAUCACGUUAAUAUUUCUAACCGUUUUUGAGAUACAGUUUGUUAAACAUUAGUGCGAAAAUCUGUAUGUUUCAACCCUAGCAAGUGGAUCGUAUGAAUGACAUGACAUGUGUCAAUUGAAAAUGUAAAUAACUUUGUAGGGUUGUCACUGAUAUAAAAAUAUUUCAUUUUAAUGAUUUUGUUUUACUAUUAAAUCCAGCUUUACGAUUAUAAUAACUCGAUUGUAGAUCACUUACAUAACACUAUCCUUUCAGCUCAGUCUCUAGAAAUGUUCCAUCUUGUAUAGUUCGUUUUUUUUAGCAUUAGAAAUAAGGUAAACAAUCUUGAUGUGUCUUUUAAUUGAAAAACACAUUUUAAAAAUAAGUUACGGCAAAUAUGUAACAAUUAUGAAUCUAAUACGAUCAUUUAUAUUCUUCUGCUUUCAUA